UUACCACCAGUGUUACUCGCGCUCCCACCCUCGCCAGUCGCCACCAUGCCGCCGCGCGCCGUGCUCGUGUGCGCGCUGCUCGCGUGCCUGCUCGCGUGUGCGCGCGCCGACGCCGCGAUCAGCGCCAGCGAUCUCACCGCUGAGGAGUACUACUCCAUGCCUCAGCUAUUCCACCUGGACGAGUACGAGAGCUGCCUGGCGACGCGCGGCGUGUACUGCCUCGGCAGCUUCGAGCUGUCGCCCGACGGGGAGUCCAGGGUGUUCCGGCUGAUGCAGGAGUACUCCUCAAACUGGGUGGAUAACUUCAAUCACACGCGGCUCCAUCGGGGACUAUGCGUGUCUCGACGAUGUAGCGACCCGAACACGGCUCUAGAGGUUCCAGAACCUUCCAUGGACUCGUGGUUCGCGUCAUGCGUGAACGCGAGCACCAUGUCGUCGCACAACCUAUCAGCGCGUCUAUACCAGCUGGACUACUGUCAACGAGGGCAGGAGAGUGCACGGCCUUUAGACGCUGCCGAUAGAGCCUUCCCAGUAGUAUUAGCAGCCUUGGCGGCUCUUGCUGGUGUCUCUACUGCUUUGGAGUUGCUACUGUCACCACAGACUAAGAAAGAAUACCAAUGGGCGUUAUGUUGGUCCCUCCCCGGCUGCUGGCGGGCGCUGCGGGCUCCGCCGCCGGCCGUGUCCGCCGCCGGCGACCUGCGGGUCUUCGACGGGGUCCGGGUGUUCUGCAUGAUGUGCGUCAUCAUUGAACACGUGUGCUGGCUGAGCACCAUCUCUUAUCUUACUGAUAUACGGUAUUUUGAGACGAUCCGCCGCUCCGGCGACGCGAUCCUCCUGGGCAACUCGACGCUGGUAGUGCAGGUGUUCUUCCUGAUGGCCAGCUUCCUGCUGGCGCACAAGAUCCUUCUCCAGGCCUCUAAGGGGUCCAUACCGCCGUGGCGGUCAUUCUUCUCCACCAUGAUCAAUAGGAUCAUCAGAAUCAGCCCGUCGUACUACAUGGUGGUAUGGUUCGCGGCGACGUGGUGGUCGCGGCUGGGCGCCGGGCCGCAGUGGGCGCCCCGCGUCGACGCGGAGGCCGACGUGUGCCGCUCCAAGUGGUGGGUGCACCUGCUCUACCUCAACAACGUGCUGGACGCGGACAACAAGUGUUUAGUGCAAACCUGGUACCUGGCAGCAGAUAUGCAACUGUACGCCGUCGCCUUGCUGCUGACGCUCGCCCUGGCGCGCUGGCGGCGCGGCGCGCUGCCGACACUGAUGGCGUUGCUGCUCAUCUCCGUCGGCGGCCUGUUCGCCAUCUCCUACUGCUUGAAGCUUGUCUCCACGUUCGUCAUGCAUAACCCGGAAGUGGUCCGUGUGAAGUACUACGGAGACCUAUCCUUCAACAUCCUGUACCAGUCCCCGCUGGGCAACGCACCGGGCACAUUGGCAGGCUUGCUGCUGGCCUACGUCCAUCAUGAGAUGCUGGAACGGAACAAGCAGCCGCAGCAGUAUCGGUGGUUCCGCUGGGUGACUUGUGCGGGCGCUCCGCUGGCGAUGUGGUGGGCGGCGUCGUCCCCGCUGCUGCUCGGCGCCGGCGCCCCCGCGCGCGCGCCCGCCGCCGCCCUCGCCGCGCUCGAGCGCCCCAUCUUCAGCCUCUUCGUGGGCUUGGCUUUACUCGGGGCUAUGCAUGGAGUUCAGCCGAUCUGGGUGCGAUUCUUCGCGUGGCCGGGCUGGGCUCCGGCGGCGCGGCUGAGUUUCGGCGCCCUGCUGCUGCACAUGCCCAUCAACACGGCGCUCAUCGCUGCGCGUCGCGCGCCUACAGAACUCAACCGGUUGUCUAUAAUAGUGGAAUGGUUCGGCGUGGCGGGCACCGCGUACCUGGCAGCGCUGCCGCUGGCGCUGCUGGUGGAGCUGCCGGCGCAGCGCCUGCAGCGCGCGCUGGAGCAGCGGAGCCGCGCGCCGCCGCGCGAGCCCCGCCCCGCGCCCGUCGAGAAGACCAACCUGUGAUCACUUGCUGACUUGCUGCCGAGCGGGAUAUGAUAUGACUAUGUAAUAGUACAUGUUACCUGAUUUUAUUUCGAAGAAUGACGACAUAUUGCAGCAUAUUAAGACGAACGCAUUUGUCAAAUUUAUGGCGGUCGGUAUCAGCGCCGAGCGUGCGUUUCGUGGCCGAGGCAAGGCGGCGUGACAUAGGUACAUAGAUGGUCAAGCAAAUCAUGUCAGUACAAAAAAGGCGCAAAAUUCAAAUUUUAUAUGGGACGAUAAUCCUUCGCGCCUACAUUUUUUAAAUUUGCCGCCUUUUUCUACUGACAAGAUUUGCUUGGCCAUCUAUACCUACUAACGUGAGCUUGAUAUGCUCGUUUUGCACGCGCUGUUAAUUAAGAUAAGGCGCGAAAUACCAUCGUGGGAACUCCGUGGUUAUAUAAAAUUAGGGUACAGACCGUCUACCUUAACUCUGCACAGACUUAGUGGCGACAAUGUAUGACAGUGCCACUAGGGAUAAAUGUCACAUCAUAAUAUUUCAUAGAAAUUUUACAUUCAUGAUGCCAUUAAUGGCACUGACUCUGUUUCUUGCCAAGUCGGUUAUUAACUUUAUCUGACUCUAGCUUCUAGGUAUCAUCUAUUUACAUCUUUUUUUAAGGAACAAGCUUCAAUGAUACACACAAAAUGAAAAUCUGUGAAUGAAUCUUUGAAUGCAGAGUUACGAGACGGAAGGAACGAAAGUGUAAAUAUUUCUUACUGUCUAGUCUAAUCGGUAAUGAUACAUUGGGGAACCGCAUGUGGGUUUUAUGGGUUUCAAAUUGUGAGGUGAAUCUCGAAAAGUGGUUUGGCCAGAUUUACUGACUAAAAUUAAAUAUUAUUAGUAUAUUAUUACAUUCAGAAAACGGCCAACGAUCCAGUUACUCGUUGAGUGUGGGCGAGGCAAUAUUAUGUAAUGUUAAGAUUAAGGAUUAUAAUAGUGUAUUGGUGUAAGCAAAGUGCUCUCUGGAAAGGUUUUAGCACUGUUUGUGAUAAUUUUGGUUACCUAGAUGAAAUGUGGCUGCUGAAAGUACGUCGCUCUUAAGCUCUUGAUGUUUUAUAUAUAUUCCAGAUAUUAAAAUGAGAGUUUGAUGGGUAAAUUUCUUUCCCAACUAUUAAGAUAAUUUUGUACAAAAUUGACAGAUAUGUAUGACAAAUAUCUGGC